AUGAGAAAUACGGGGUGGCUUCACUUGGCUGGUGUACGAGAACAAUUGACUUUGACUUUGACGGUAAGCGAUAUCACAAGUAGCACCUCACCAGUCGAGAGUAUCACGUCAAGCGCCAUAAUCAGCGGUAGUUCAUCUACAGACAGCGUUUCGUCGAUCGCAACAAGCAGCAGUAAUUUGCCUACUGACACUGCCGCUUCAACUUACUUCGUCGUCGGCAGAUAUCACUACCCCAACCGUGACAUUGAACAGCAUUACGUCAGCCGGCCCGACCAUCACGUCUCCACCGCUCCUGAACAUGACUACCUCCUUCCCUCCCUUCGGGAAGCGGUGGUAAUGGCGGCGAUGUUCUCGACGUUACUUCCCACCACAGAAGGUGCUUCACCCAUGAAUGAUGGCGGAAACGGCGACGGUAACGGUGGUGACAAGCCCCCCGUCGUUACUGUGACUGUCUCGGACAGCACUGGUGUUGUCACCCUCACUGAAACUAAGUCUGCCUCAUCCGAGACCCCUGCUGAGACGGAAACUUCUGCUACCCAGUCACCUGCCCUGACAAUUACUGUCGGUAAUGGUGGCGGCGAAAAUACCGUUACUGAGACUAUUAGUGGCGUAGAUAGCACAACCAUUAUUCGUGCCAUCCCUACCCCAUCAAUCGUCACAGAGAGCAGGAUCAUUGGUGGUACUAUCGAGCCGUCUACUGUCGCAGUUACCGGUUCAGCACCAUUAACGGUCACUAAAACUAUCGGCGGGGGUGAACCUACGGUGGCCAAGACUGUUGGUGGAAGCGACAGCACCACAACUGUCUUCGAAACUACCGGCGCCGACUUCACUUCUACCGUCAUCAGUGUAAUUACCCCUACCAUAGUCUCCGCUCCUGAGGGAUUAUGCGCUUGCACAAUUGCAAGCCCUAAAUUCUAA